AAGGAUUUCCAUGAAGAAAAGAAAAAAAGAAAAAAAGUUAAAGUAGUGGGUGGAGGGUUUAAGCGAAAGGGGGGUUUGGUUCGUUAUCUUCUUAUUCUUCUGUAAUGAUGUCUCUUCUUCAUCACUGUUCUAUGCCCCUCGCACGUGUGGUGCGUCCUUCUCCUCGCACACGUGCUGCCGUUUCCUUCGCAACCUCUUGUUCCACUCGCACGAAUUCUCAGUCUCAGGUUCUCCUUGGCUUAUCCGAGAACGAUCUCCAACAACUUUCCCUUAGCUUUGGUCAACAAGGUUUUAGGGGGAAGCAACUUUAUCAUCUUAUCUACAAGAGAAAACUCAGAGAUAUUCAGGAGUUUAUUCAAGUGCCUCAGGCGUUUAGGAAUGAACUUGAGGAAGCUGGAUGGAAGGUGGGGCGGUCUCCGAUUUUCAACACUGUCGUUGCAGCUGAUGGAACUGUUAAGUUGUUGUUAAAGUUGGAGGACAACAGAUUGAUUGAAACUGUUGGUAUUCCAGUCGAAGAUGAUAAGGGAUCAGUUCGCCUGACAGCAUGUGUCUCAUCACAGGUAGGUUGCCCACUGCGAUGCUCAUUUUGUGCCACUGGAAAGGGGGGCUUUUCAAGGAAUCUUCGGAGCCAUGAAAUUGUUGAGCAGGUCUUGGCCAUUGAGGAGGUCUUCAAGCGCAGGGUGACAAAUGUUGUCUUUAUGGGAAUGGGUGAACCAAUGUUAAACCUGAAGGCAGUACUCGAGGCACAUCAUUGCUUGAAUAAGGAUAUACAAAUUGGGCAAAGAAUGAUGACUAUCUCUACCGUUGGGGUUCCAAAUACAAUAAAGAAGCUAGCUUCUCACAAACUUCAAUCCACUUUAGCUGUGAGCCUACAUGCUCCUAACCAGAAACUAAGGGAGACAAUAGUUCCAAGUGCGAAGUCCUAUCCAUUGGAUGCACUUAUGAGUGACUGCAAGGAAUACUUCAAGGAAACAAAUAGACGGGUUUCCUUUGAAUAUGCACUUUUAGCUGGAAUCAAUGACGCAGUAGAGCAUGCGGUAGAACUCGCUAAACUACUACAUGCAUACGGAAGUGGUUAUCAUGUCAACCUGAUACCUUUUAAUCCAAUAGAAGGCUCCGAAUAUCGCCGUCCUUACAGGAAAGCAGUUCAAGCAUUUUCCGAUGCUUUGGAGUCAUCUAAAAUAACUGUGAGUGUACGCCAAACCAGAGGCUUAGACGCAAAUGCAGCUUGUGGGCAACUACGAAACAAUUUCCAGAAAACUCCUUUGGCAACAGACUCUGACAAUCUGGAACCCCAGCUACCAAAUAUGGAUCUUGCAGUUACAGGUUGAUUGCACAUUGUCAGUUUCAUGGCUGCUUAUGUGUUGCUCAAAGUUUGAAAUCUCAGGCUAAGUGGAAAUCAUUGAUCAACUGCAUGUUGAAUUAGAGGUGUGGAUGAGGCCACUACAGGUUUCUUAAAAUUAAAUAUUGAUGUAUCUGUUUCUCCGUCGAUGGGACUACGACAGUUGGUAUGUGUCUUAUGGGAGAGAGUGGUGAUUUUCUUUUUGUUAGAACAAAUUGGAUGGCUCAUUGGUAAGAGGAGAAGGAAGAGGAGGCUAAAGAGCUUGAGUUAUAUUGUGUUAUUAUUUUGAGUUAGAUGCCCAAAUUUUGGUUAAUGUUGUUUGGUCAAAUAGAACUCUUUAUCUUUAAAUCCAUUAUUCAGAAUUGUAGAGUUAAUUGAGUCACAGUCAAACUAUGGUUGAGUUUAUUAUACCUUUGCUAAGGCGACAUACCUUUGUGUAGUCCCCAUUUUCUUUAGAAAUCUCAUAUCAUGUGUAUAAUCUUUGAAGUUUCAAAAUAAUGUUAAUCUCUUCUUAGAAUUGAACACA